CAAAGCUCAGAUCAGUUAAAAAAUAAAUACUUAUAUCCACUCGAAACAAUACAGCCCGAUAAACACAAUUUUUAUGAACAAUUAUAAACUAACAGAAUGGCCAAAACAACAAACACAAUUGUAUUAAGGUUAAAUGCAUUUGGUGAACAGUGUUGUGUAGAUUGGUGUGCGCUGCGAAAGAGUCUUUAUGGUUUUUACGUCACUACUACUGACCGGAAGUGCUGAGCGAUGUCAAACCCGAGCAAAUGAGUGUUAUUCCCACGGCGUUUUUAAGAUAUGCCUUUAAAUUUCUGAAUUCUGUAUCAGUUUCACCCAGCUCCCAAAUCACUGAGCGUUUACUGAAACGUGCUGUAGGACGGUUAGACGCGAACCAUGUCAAAUCGCAUCGCUUUCCAGACUCAGUUAGCUUCCAUUAUGGAGGUGCUGGCAAAUGCAGCGGUGGCCGAGAUAUGCAAACUCGUAGACGACGACUACGCGGUUAUAAACUUGCAGAUGACCCAGUGCCAGCGUGAAAACAAGGCCCUGAAGAGAAAACUUCACAUACUGGAGCUAAAGAUGGCUCGAGGGUUUGCAGAAAGGAGGAUUAGUUCGCUGAAUCGCGCUAACCGGGUCCAAGUGAGCGCCGCUUUGUCAGACAAAUACAGGAACCAAACUAGCGACGUGCUGUAUGGAGCUCAGUUUAACUCCGGACUGUGGAGAGGUGGAGGAACAGACUCUGCUGCUCAGCAAGAUAAUAAUGAAGCUAACAAUAUGACAGGAGAGACCAUGUUACCAGAAGCGGACACUGUGCUGAUAAAGGAUGAGAUGUUUGAGGAGGACCAAACACAGCAGAGACUAUUCAUCAGAGAUGGUGGAGUAAAAGAGACGCCAUCACAGACUGGAGAGGCAGGUUUUGGUGAUGUUCAGAUGGUGAAAGAUGAUGAUCAGCUCUCUGGGAUGCAGCAGCCGUCUUUGGAGCAAAGACAGGUGGAAGAUGGAGAGCCAGACACAAUAAUGAUAAAGGAGGAUCUGAACGACCAGUGGGAAAGAAGCCAGACACAAGCCAUAAUUGUGCAAGAUGCAGAGUCAAAUACUGAAAGUUGUAGUGGAAGACUUUCUACCUCACCAGCCAAAAGCUCAGUUGCACCUUGUGCAGAGAAGUCUAUAGAGGUGGAAUUUUCCCAUUUGAGUGAAAAUGGUCUGGAUAGGAGCCAGAGAGCUAAUAUUUCUCCAUCUACAGGACUACAGAUAAAAGGUACCAUCGAAUCCAGUCCGAGUAGUUCUCAACAUCAGUAUCAAAGAUUUGCUGGUCGACCUAACAAGGGUUUAACAACAGGAGAAACUGCCGCUCUAACAGCCUCGGGACACUCACACAAGGGAAUGAUGAAAAGCAGAACUUCACCUACAAGCCAGCAUGUGCUCAGCAGAGAAAAAACUGCCACUGAGAUGUCAGGAGCAGACUGCUUGUUGUAUGACAGACCAGACGAACCGAAAACCAGCUUUACUCACUGGCCCACACACCCAUCCUGCUCAUACACCGAGUCGGACCAGGAUCAAGACUGUAUGCUGGUCCAGUCAGACACUGUGUCCUCUAUUAGAAGCUCCAAAGGUGGACGGGAAGGAUCUUCAUCCACCCGAGCUGUCAGAAAUGCAGCAGAGGGGCCCAUUAGAGAAGAGGAAAGGUGGAAUCAAGCUGCCAUUUUAAGGCAGAGCCAAACUGAAGCAUCAGACCACGUCAGUAGACCCGAAGUGAUUCAGACAGAGACUGCAAGCAGAACAAACCCUUCAUAUUUCACUGUGAUACCCCAAAUUAUGUCUAACAUAACUCAGCCUGGGGCUUCUCUUGCCGGGCUGCAGCUACCAAAGCACGUGGAGAAAGGUAGGCGGAAAAGCUACGUUUGUAAGUACUGUGGAAAAGCGUUCCCUGGGUUGUCCAAUGUUGUGGCCCACCAGCGAGUGCAUACGGGCGAGAGGCCCUUCAAGUGUGACACGUGUGGGAAGCUUUUCACAGAGGCAGGCAACCUCAAGAAACACCAAAGAGUUCACACAGGAGAGAAACCUUUUAUCUGUCCCCGCUGUGGGAAACGAUUCGCCUGGAUCUGCAACCUCAAGACACAUCAGCAGUCGGCCUCCUGUGGAGGAGUCUGAUAUAAUACGUCUGAUGACCAUGCAGGGCUUCCAAUCCAUUGCCUUCUUAUGAACCCAGCGGUCUUCUGAAUUUCAAAGGAAUCAUUAUAAUACUCAUGGUAUAAUAUACGCAAGAAAGAAAAGGGGCUUAUGAAAUAUAAACGGAAACAUUUGCAGGAAGAUUAAGGUCGGUAGAUGUUAGCAGCGGUUAAAGCAAUUGUCUUCGGUGUUUUAAUGUUGACUGUCCGUGAAUUGUAAUAUUAAAAGUGAGCAGCAGGUGGUGCACUAGCACUAUU